UUGUGUUCUAAGAGGGGCAUCAUUGAUCAGUCCACUCUGCUGCUCAGGGGAACUUUUCUGAGGGCAUUCAGAGAGCUUUUUUUUCCCUCCUUUGUUUGUUCUGGUUUCCUGUUUCUGUUCAGUUCCCUGAGUAAGCGACAGGAACUACCUCCCCCCAUCUCUCUCUCUCUCUCUCUCUGUCUCUCUCUCUCUCUCAGACGGUGCUGACCACAGCCAGUAGGCAGCAGGACUUGGCUCCUUUCUCUCUUUAUUCUUCUCUCCUCCUCGUCCUCAGGCUUAUUAUCCUUGACACCCUCCAGUCAAUACGAAGCUGCGGACUCAGCUGUCUCUGGCCUCCCUCUCUCCCAGGGGGCAAGCAGGACAGCUCCGGGGGGCACACAGACACAGCUCCGGGGUAGGGGGGGGACACAGGGAUGGAGGCUCUGGCUCUCUACACUUUCCGAGCCACGGAGAGCGAUGAGCUCAGCUUUCAGAAGGGAGACAUCCUGAAGAUCACCAACAUGGAGGAUGACCCUAACUGGUACACAGCUGAGCUGACGGGGCACAGAGGCUAUGUCCCCAAGAACUACAUCAACGUGCGACCCCAUGCGUGGUUUGCAGGACGGGUCUCCAGACAGGUAGCCGAAGGGCGUCUUCGACAGCAGGAGUGCGGGGCGUUCCUCGUGCGGGAGAGCGAGAGCGCUCCAGGGGAGUUCUCCAUGUCCGUCAGCAGUUAUGGGGAUCAUGUGCAGCACUUCAAGGUCCUGAAGGACCGAGAGGGCCAGUACUUUGUGUGGGACGAGGCCUUUGGCUCCCUGAACCAGCUGGUGGACUUCUACAAGACCAACAGCAUCGCCAAGGAGAGGACAGUCUUCCUGAGGGAGGGGAAGCUCUCGCCAGGGAAAGCCCACCAUGGCUAUGCCCUGUUUGACUUCAAACCCCAGCACCCCUCCCAGCUACACUUCCAUCGUGGUGAUGUCAUCGACUUCCUGGACUGCUCUGACUCCCAACGGUGGAAGGGGCGUUGCCAUGGCCGCGUGGGCUUCUUCCCCCCAGAAUACGUCCAGCCCAUCUAUCACUGAUACCCCCCCCCCCCCCCCCC